CGUGUUAUUUUAUUGUGAUAGAAUAGAGGGCAUGGUGUAAUAAUAACUUUACAAGUGUAAUUUUUGUGAAACGAAAACGAUUAGUUAAAAUUAGAUAGUCUUGCUUCAGAAGAUAAAUAAUUAAAAAAUACGAUUUCAUAGUUUUAAAUUAAUUGUUAUUUUGCGGCAUUUAGUGUCUUAUUUUAGUGUUUCAAAGGGCCAUAGUUAUGUGUAUGUAUUAACCUCAUCCUUACGAAUUACAUAAGACGUUAUCAAAAUGGGGAACACAGUAUCAGCUGAGGCUAGUAUUAAAAUGCCUAACAUAAGUGAGGGCUCGAAUCCUCCACCAGAAUGUCCGAUGCACAAGAAAAAUGAAAAUGUACCAGAAAAACCCAAGGUGUCGGAAUGCCCUGUGCAGGCAGGGCAGCAAGGCACCGACAUCAACCCUUAUAACAUGAUGCCUCCAGCUAAUCAACAGCCAGCCCCUGACCAGCCCUUUGAGUUGCCUACUCAGCGCCAAGUAUCCUCCAUUCCCCGUGCCAUGCCUGAUGGCUCCACAGAGUUCUGGGUGUAUCCCAGCCAGCAAAUGUUCUGGAAUGCUAUGCUGCGUAAGGGCUGGCGCUGGAAGAAUGAGGACAUUGAGCAGAAAGAUAUGGAGGAUAUUAUCAAAAUACACAAUGCCAACAAUGAACAGGCUUGGCAGGAGGUCUUAAAAUGGGAGGCUCUUCAUGCAAAGGAGUGUGGACACCCAAGACUUAAAAGCUUUGGAGGUAAAGCUUCAGAUUACAGCCCCAGGGCCCGCAUAAGGUCAUGGCUGGGAUAUGAACUGCCCUUUGAUAGACAUGACUGGAUUGUAGAUAGGUGUGGCAAGGAUGUCCGCUAUGUGAUUGACUACUAUGAUGGAGGAGAAGUCGACAACAAGUAUCAGUUUGCAUUACUGGAUGUCAGGCCAGCAAUGGACUCAUUUGACAAUGUAUGGGACAGAAUGAAAGUCAUGUAUAUGAGAUACCGCUAUGAACUUAUUGGCACCAAGGAAAAUACUAAAUUGACAAAUUAGAUUAUAACUUUACCACCAAAAUAUAAUGCAUAAAUUGCAAUUAAGUAUUUAUUUUUUCGUGGGGUUCUUCUGUCGACAAGAAUUUGUCACUGCGGAAACUCUUUGUGAUUAUAUUUUGUUUGGACUAUUAUUCACAAAGUUAUAGAUUUUUUAGAUCUUUUCUUGAUAAGUACUUUAUGUACAUAAUAUGUUCCUUUUAAGAUAGUAAGAUUAGGAACACUUAUCAGUACUUAUUUGAUAUUAGUUAACAUUUUAGUGAAAAUAAAAAUGCUACCAGCAUAUUAACAAUAAGGUUUGGAUUGUAUUCAUACUAAACUAGAUGUCUUAGGAAUGAUAGUUUUGUUAAAUAAUCAUGUUUGCAUUGCAACAUUGUUCAUGUUAAUAAAUCCUUGUAGGAAUAUGUUUAACUAACAAGGUUAAAAUACGAUACAUAGUAAAAUGAAGUUGAAAUAAA